CCGCGUAUGAUUUAAACAGAGGCAACCAAUCAUCACUGGACAAAGGGUACCGACCAUUUUGCUCAUACAUUGAGCGCCAUACACUCUUUUUCCGGUUUCACUUCACGUAGGACGCACGGAACGAUGAAGGCUAAGGGAGAAUUAAAGGAAUUCGAGGUGAUUGGGCGCAAGCUCCCCACCGAGAAGGAGAAGACCACGCCACUGUAUAAAAUGAGGAUAUUUGCUCCUGAUGCUAUUGUGGCCAAAUCUCGAUUUUGGUAUUUCCUUCGUCAGCUGAGGAAAUUCAAAAAAACUACCGGUGAAAUCGUCAGCCUGAAACAGAUUCCCGAGAAGACACCAAUUAAGAUAAAAAACUUUGGCAUCUGGUUGAGGUAUGACUCUCGUUCUGGAACUCACAACAUGUACAGAGAAUACCGUGACUUGUCUGUUAGUGGAGCUGUCACUCAGUGUUAUCGUGAUAUGGGAGCUCGUCACCGUGCUCGAGCUCAUGCUAUCCAGAUUAUCAAAGUGGAGGUAGUUAAGGCUGGAAAUUGUCGCAGACCCCAAGUCAAGCAGUUCCAUGAUUCUACGAUCAGGUUCCCUCUGCCAAAGCGAAUUCAACAUCGCAAUCGUAUGCCGCUAUUCAGCGUUCGCAAACCACGCACCUAUUUCCUUUAAGCGAAUCAUAUUUCUUUCAUGUAUUCUCUUGAGAAAUAUAACAAAUAAUAAAGGAAAUAAGACCGUUUGAACAUUCAAAA